CUUGGCAGGUCCUCUGGAGCAGGCGGAGGCAGUGGAUGAGAGGGCUGGUCAAGGAAGACACAAACCCCACCUUUUAUUUUAAGAGCCCGUGGAUUGUAAUUCAGGUUGGCAGAGCCGUCCAGGCCUUGGCCUACCCUGGCCUCCACUUGGGAAUGUUGAGGUCCCUCUGAUUGUUAAAUCUUGCCAAUUACAGAGAUCCUAUCUUCUCUCUCUCUCUCUCUCUCUUUUUAAGUUUAGUCAUCCCAAAGAUGACUUUCUGAUCAACACUUGGCAGAACUCUCUCUGUCCUCCAACCCCAUUGGCCACGGGGCAACUUGAAUAGGCUGGGCGUGCCGGCUUCUCCACGCUGCUCAGUCUCCGCCUUCAUGCCCCAGUCCACACGUGGUUCCCUCACUGACAGCUAAGAGGCAGUGGGCAAGAAACAAAUGACUCCCUCCUCCUCCUCCUCUACCUUCUGUAAUGUGACCAGUUAUGAUCCCUGCGUGCAUGAAGUAUUUACAGCUGGCCGAUCAGGCUCCUCUGGUUUGGACAGGUAGGCAAGAAAGGGGAUCACACAGGCCUGAUGCUGACGCUCUGGUGAUGUCACCCACCCAGAAAGGGGCAAGAAAGGGAAAGAGGGGGAAAUGUCAUCCCCAAAAUGAAUGGGAGAGAAGUGUGAAGUGGCUGCACCUUGAACAAAAGAAGCUGCCCCCAAGGUGGAAUAGAGAAGGCAGUCAAAGUGAAGUCACUUUUUUUUUAAACUGCUGGCUCCUCAUGUUCAGUUCUGUCACUCACAUCUUUUACUCCUGCUUUCAGAUAGCUCGGUGCACUUUUUUCCUCCCAGGAACUGGUGUGACAAAAGUCCCUGCUACCUACAGACAAGAUCCCAACUCUGCUCACCCACACUGACUCAGGCCUUUGGUUAAUUAUUGAUAGAAAGUCCCAGCAUCAACCUCUAAUAGCCUUCCCUGGGGCGGAGGGCUUUGCUCAAGUCGGAAAAUAUGUGUUAUUCAUCUGCUCAUUCACUCAACACUCAAAUAUUUCAUAACUGCCGCUAUGGUCUAGGCACUGUUCUAAGUGCUGGGGAUGGGUGAGGUCCCUUCCUUCAAGAAGCGGAUAUUCUAGUGGAGGAGUUAAACACAAAAAAUAUGUGUGUCUGACCUCCUAAUAUGUGCAAGCUUUGGGUGAGUAGAAAGGAGUACAUCAUAGUGUUUGUCCUCCAGGGGCUCAUGUGUUAGGGUUAGGGCAGAUCCCUUUGGAAAUAAUUACAUGAGACAUAAAAGGACAAAGAAGUUGCUUUGGGCAAGUUAUGAGGGGAGACACUCUCACUGAGAGAGGGUGGGGAGGGACUGGGAAGGCUUCUAAAAGGGGCCAGUAUUUUGAGCUGGGGCUUGAAGAAAGGAUAGCACUUCCACAGGUAGAUAUUGCUGGGAUAGGUGUGCUGGGAAGAAAGGAGAACUUGUGCAAAGGCCCUGAGGCUGGGAAAUAGAGGUGGUGGCAGGGAACUCCACAGGCUGUCUGGGGAUGCUGGACAUCACCUCACAUGACCAACACUUCUCCAAGCUUCAGCAAAAGGCCUUCGGCCAGCAUUCUGGGCUCCAGGCUGGGAGGAAGGCAAUUCCCUCUGCACAAACUCCUCAGGGAAGUCCAGGGACCUGCAAGGCCAUCAGAGCCCAUCUUCGUUUGGGGUAUGCCUUCAGAGCUCUAUAAGCUCCUGCCCUCACCUGUUCACUCAUGGUCGCUCUGGUCCCUAAAAUGUAAGUGAUUCCCACAAAACAGGCAGCAAAUCUGUCCCUGUGCCAGGCUCAAAGCCGCCUCGCUAGAUUUUCCUCUCUAAUCUCAGACCCUCAGGAUUGCUCUGAAUCCUGGAUAAGAGGCAUUGGGAGGGGGGGACCCUGUGAGGCUCCGCAUGGUGCCCAGUCUGUGCCCAGAGACGACAGCAGCACAUGGUGACUCCCGAACUACCUCCUUUUGUCCUGUGUCCUCUUGGCAGAUGAUCCCAGUUGCCCUUCCCCCAUGCCCCACCCCCAUGCCUGGUGGCACAGACACUUAGCAAUUUGCUCCUUAAUUGUCCCCCAGCUAGGCUGCGCAGAUGCUGCUCUUUAAUCUCUCCUGAUAAAUGAAUCGCGCCUCUCCUUUAAUCAUAUGUUCAUAUCCAAGCCAAUUUGAAUCCAUUUGGCAGGGAGUGUGUUGCAAGAGAUGCCAUGACUGCUGCUUCUCCCCACCCAGGGCCCUGGAGCCAGCACGUCUGCUGUCCUCACCCUCAGCAAAGAGCCCAGGAGGCCCAUCCAGGCGAAGGAUCUCCUACCUGAGUGAUGGGGACUUUUCAAAGUCAAUCAUUCACUCCUGUCCUCCAAGCAGGCCCGUGUGGGACUGGAGGGAGAUGGAUUCCCAAAGGCCUCAGAAGUGGGAGGGACAGGGUGAGUCCACAGCCUUCCUUGGUCAUUGAAGAAAGGGCCCCAUUAUCACCCCUGGGAGAAAGUGCUGCCUUAAAUCUAACCCUAAUCCUUUCUGUUCCCCUUUCAUUUCCUCUGAGCUGGUUCUCAGGGAAGCUGCGACACUUUUUACAUAGCAACGUAUUCCAGACCAGUCUAUGAUCAUUUGUACUUGCCUGCUACUGCUACUGGCUGCCACCCCCAACGCCUUUCAUCUUUCCCCAGGAAGUCUUCUUUUCUAAAUCCUCCAGCCUGGUGGGCAGUCCAGGACAUGCUUGGUAAUGUACCAAGUUCUGCCACGUUUGGGGCUGCUGCUUCUUUCACCUACCGAGUGGUGUCCCCCGACCCUAGUGGAAGCAAAACAAAAUCAGACGAAUAAAACCUGCUAAACUGAGCGCUUCUGCCGCUAGCACUGAGACCUUGGAGAAGAGCCUUGACCGCUUGGGCCUCACUUUCCCCAUCUGUAAAACAAGGUGGAAUUGCUGGCAAGAAUCUUUUGGAUCCUAGGUUCGGACAGAGCCCCUCAAUGCUGCCAACAGAACCUCUCACCCCCACCUUUUUAUCACCCUUGGUGAGGAGCCGGAGGGGACCGAUGGGUGGCGCAAGUGGGGCCGGGAGAAGACAGACGUCUUCUCCCAGCGCGAGGGCUGUCUGGGCUUGGUUCCGUCCAGCAGCCCCAUGCGCCUCCGCGUCCUCUUCAUUUCCUUUCCUUUUUCCGGGCUGGUUCUGCCUGGCCAGGCAAGCGCCCUCCGGUUCACUGGGAACCCGGGCGUAUUAGCAUAUUCAUAUCUCAUUUGCAUGACCUCGGCCUCCGGAGCACGGAACCUCUGGCUCCGCCUCCGUCUGGAGGUUCCCCGCCCCGUCCCCCACCCGCCCCCGCGCUCUACCCGGAAGCCAUGCCUCUUAAAAGGUCCUUGAGCCUGUGACAGGACCGAGCCCGUCGGCGUUGCCCUUGAAGGAUUCCAGAAGCAUAAGGACAGGUCUCCUCGCGCAGCAACCCGACGAUACUGUUCCCCGCCCUUUUAAGGGCUACUGGAAGCCCUCAGCAGGAGCUGAAGCUGUGUAGCAACUGGGGCUGAGGGGCCUGCCCGGCCUGUCAGUAGUGACCCAGAGGAUGAGGAGGACAAAAUCAAUAUGACCAUGAUCUGUAAGGGUGGACAUGACCCAAUGGCCAGACUGUGCCUAGCUAAUGGAUUCCUGCUUCUCAUACCUGACUCCGUCUAAGAAGGUUUAGCCCCUUAAGGAAAAAGUAUUUUCGCUGUUUCAGAGAGUCAACUGACCGGACUUUCCUCGGAGGCCCCUACAGUGGGGGAAGAGCAGGCCCCAGGCAUGGAGGAGACGGAUGGGGAGCUGACAGUGAACCCCACACCUGAGCAGCCAGAACGAGGCAUCCACUUCGUCACAACGGCCCCUACCCUGAAGCUGCUUAACCACCACCCCCUGCUCGAGGAAUUCCUACAAGAGGGGUUGGAGGAGGGGGAGGCAGAGCUGAGGCCAGCACAGCCCUUCCGGCCUGACCCACCUACACCAUACACCCCGAGUCCCCUUCCCCUUCUGGCCAAGCAGGACAGCCGCCCCGUCUUCACCAGCCCCACUCCAGCCAUCGUGGCAGCACCUACUCAGCCCCAGUCCAGGGAAGGACCCUGGAGCCUGGAGUCAGAGCCCUCUGCACUUCAUAUCACAGCUCCCCUACCUCCAGGGCCCAGUAUGGCAAUGCCCACCCCAGGCCCAGCAGAGAGGCCCAAUACUACACCCCCUAGCAGGGCAUGGACUCCAACCCGAGAAGGUCCUGGAGACGUAGGCAGGCCCUGGGGUCCAGAGGUCAUGUCGCAGACCACAGGGCUUGGGAUUGAGGGGACUGUCACCACCUCUACGGCUUCAGGAGAUGAUGAGGAGACCACCACCACCAGCACCAUCAUCACCACCACCAUCACCACAGUCCAGCCACCAGGCCCUUGUAGCUGGAAUUUCUCAGGCCCAGAGGGCUCUCUGGACUCCCCCACAGCCCCCAGCUCACCCCUUGAUGUCGGCCUGGACUGUUUCUACUACAUCUCCGUCUAUCCUGGCUACGGUGUGGAAAUCAAGGUCCAGAACAUCAGCCUCCGAGAAGGGGAGACAAUAACUGUGGAGGGCCUCGGGGGGCCUGACCCCUUGCCCCUGGCCAACCAGUCUUUCCUGCUGAGGGGCCACGUCAUCCGCAGCCCCACCCACCAAGCGGCCCUGAGGUUCCAGAGCCUCCCACCACCCGCUGGGCCUGGCACCUUCCAUUUCUACUACCAAGCCUAUCUCCUGAGCUGCCGCUUUCCCCGACGUCCAGCUUAUGGAGCCGUGACUGUCACCAGCCUCCACCCAGGAGGUAGUGCCUGCUUCCACUGUGCCACUGGCUACCAGUUGAAGGGUGCCAGGCUCCUUACCUGUCUCAACGCCACCCAGCCCUUAUGGGAUUCUCAGGAGCCUGUCUGCAUUGCUUCCUGCGGUGGAGUGAUCCGCAAUGCCACCACGGGCCGUAUCGUGUCUCCUGGCUUCCCGGGCAACUACAGCAUCAACCUCACCUGCCACUGGCUGCUUGAGGCUCCCGAGGGCCAGCGGCUGCACCUGCACUUUGAGAAGGUUUCCCUGGCAGAGGAUGACGACAGGCUCAUCAUCCGCAAUGGGGACAACGUGGAGGCCCCACCGGUGUAUGAUUCCUACGAGGUGGAGUACCUGCCCAUUGAGGGCCUGCUCAGCUCCGGCCGACACUUCUUUGUGGAGCUCAGUACUGACAGCAGUGGUGCGGCUGCAGGCAUGGCCCUGCGCUAUGAGGCCUUCCAGCAAGGCCAUUGCUAUGAGCCCUUUGUCAAAUACGGCAACUUCAGCAGCAGCGCACCCUCCUACCCCGUGGGUACCACCGUGGAGUUCAGCUGCGACCCUGGCUACACCCUGGAGCAGGGCUCCAUCAUCAUUGAGUGCGUUGACCCUCAUGACCCCCAAUGGAAUGAGACAGAGCCUGCUUGCCGAGCUGUGUGCAGUGGGGAGAUCACAGACUCGGCCGGCGUGGUGCUCUCCCCCAACUGGCCAGAGCCCUACGGCCGUGGGCAGGACUGCAUCUGGGGCGUGCAUGUGGAGGAAGACAAGCGCAUCAUGCUGGACGUCCGAGUGCUGCGCAUAGGCCCUGGUGACGUGCUUACCUUCUACGAUGGGGAUGACCUGACAGCCCGGGUCCUGGGCCAGUACUCUGGGCCCCGUGGCCACUUCAAGCUCUUUACCUCCAUGGCUGACGUCACCAUACAGUUCCAGUCAGACCCCGGGGCCUCAGUGCUGGGCUACCAGCAGGGCUUUGUCAUCCACUUCUUUGAGGUGCCCCGUAAUGACACGUGUCCGGAGCUGCCUGAGAUCCCCAAUGGCUGGAAGAGCCCGUCGCAGCCUGAGCUGGUACAUGGCACUGUCGUCACUUACCAGUGCUAUCCUGGCUACCAGGUGGUGGGAUCCAGUGUCCUCAUGUGCCAGUGGGACCUAACCUGGAGUGAGGACCUGCCCUCCUGCCAGAGGGUGACUUCCUGCCAUGACCCUGGGGAUGUGGAGCACAGCCGACGCCUCAUAUCUAGCCCCAAGUUUCCCGUGGGGGCCACCGUGCAGUACAUCUGUGACCAGGGUUUUGUGCUGACGGGGAGUGCCAUCCUCACCUGCCAUGACCGCCAAGCCAGCAGCCCCAAGUGGAGCGACCGGCCCCCCAAAUGUCUCCUGGAACAUCUCAAGCCGUGCCAUGGCCUCAGCGCCCCCGAGAAUGGUGCCCGCAGUCCUGAGAAGCAGCUGCACCCAGCGGGGGCUACUAUCCACUUCUCAUGUGCCCCUGGCUACGUGCUGAAGGGCCAGGCCAGCAUUAAGUGUGUGCCCGGACACCCCUCACAUUGGAGUGACCCCCCACCCAUCUGUAGGGCUGCCUCUCUGGAUGGCUUCUACAGCGGCCGCAGCCUGGAUGUUGCCAAGGCGCCUGCUGCCUCCAGCACCCUGGAUGCUGCUCACAUCGCAGCUGCCAUCUUCUUGCCGCUGGUGGCAAUGGCGCUCUUGGUGGGAGGUGUGUACCUCUACUUCUCCAGGCUCCAGGGGAAAAGCCCCCUGCAGCUGCCCCGAACACGACCCCGCCCUUAUGACCGCAUCACCGUGGAGUCAGCAUUUGACAAUCCGACUUACGAGACUGGAUCUCUUUCCUUUGCAGGAGACGAGAGAAUAUGAAGUCUCCAUCUAGGUGGGGCAGCCUGGGCAAGCUGGCUCAGCCCUGCCUCACAGCCCAGCAGCAGAGCUCCCAGCUUCCUGCUGUCCCUCCACCUCCUGUACAUACCACCUGGGAAGAGAUGCCACCAAUCCCUCAAAAAGUUGUGCUCUUCCCGCCUGCAAUGCCCGCCAGGGCCUAUUUUCUUGGUACCACUGCCCACUUAGGGCCCUUCCUUGGGUCCAAGUCAGGGGCAUCUGCCUCUAGGCAGAACACAGCUGGGGCACAGGCAUCAAGAACCAGCAUUCUCCUGACUCUCUUUCGUGCCCUGGACCUCCAGCCUGGAAUUCACAGGCAGAGCGGGAGCGCCUCUCUCCACGUGACCGCCAUCCAGCCCUGGCAUGUAGCACCCUGCAGCAGGGUUAACUUGACGGUGGCGGAAACUGUGCCAGGGUGCUCCUCACAGGGCCAUCACCAGUGGCCAAAACUGCUCUCAGCAGUGACCUCUGGGUAGUCCUGACAUGCUGACAUCAGCCCCCUCGGGGGGGGGG